AAGUUUCUUAAGAUAAAAGAUAAAUGACUUUUACUUUAACAUUCGACAUGAAGCGGUUGUCAUCAGAAAUACUUCUGCCAGUUAUUUUCUUAUUCUUCAUCAAAAUAUGUGGCAGUCAAAUUUUAACGAAUUUUCAAAGCUUAAAGAUGAAAUCACCCAUUAUUACCGAAAGAGCUAUGGCAUGUUGUGUCUCUUCCUUAGAGAGCGCUAAAUCGAACGAAACAAAAUUCCAUAAAAUAAUGCGCGAAUGUAUGACUGAAAGUCAAGCUUACAAUCCCGAAUACGUUCCUUCAAGUUAUCCGAUUGAACAAUCGCAAUUAUUCUCCCAAUUAGCUCAAGACAGCGUCAUUCAGCCAGCGUUCGCAUUUCAAAAAAUUCCACAGAAACAUACAAAAACUUUAAUUGAUUCGCUUAAAGAUUCCGGAAUAUUGGAAGAGUCUUUUACAGAUACAACUGUCGAGCCAUAUGUAAUUUAUUCAAAUGAUCAAAUGUUUAUCGAGAGAAGAAGACGUCCAUCAUCUAUUCGAUCACGGCCUGAGAAUGUGAGAGGAAAACAAAGAAUAGUCGUAAGUAAAUAG